CUUCGCUUUCGUCACUCUACUCAUUCGAGUGGCGGCAAAAAAAGAUCACUCAAGACAACUCUCGUCAAUGGCUGAGCCAGCACCGGCGGUGGCCGAUCUAGGGAUUCUGGACGCCCUCGGCGGCGCCGCCGUCGACGAAAUCCUCCACGCCUACGCCGGCUUCUGCUCCGCCACCGACUCUCUCCUCUCCGGCUCCGGCGAUCUCUCCGCCGGCGCCGACCUCGUCGCCCACGCCCAGUCCCUCCGCAGGCACGGCCUCCUGUCUCUUGUCCGGGACCACUUCCUCCGCGCGCUUGAGGAAAGUUUUGAAAGAAAUGGUUCGUCGAAGUUUUGGCGGCAUUUUGAACCUUAUAGCGAUAUUUCACUCCUCGAAAGCAAGUCUCUUAUUCAGGAUGAUGAAGUUCAGCAAGUAUUGUGCAACGCACUGGAGGAGAUUUCUUCAGAAAAACAUUAUCAGGAGAAAUGCUUGUCGAUAUUGGUUCAUGCUUUACAGUCGUUUGAGGGAGACAUGUUCCAUGGAAAACAUGAUGCAGAAGCAGAUCGGAUUUUUCUCUUUUCUAAGUAUCAAUUAAUGGUCUCUUCAAUACUUAUGGCAACUCUUCCCCAUUGUUUUCCCGAGAUACUUCACUGGUAUUUCAAGAGAAGGUUGGAAGAGAUAAGCACAAUGAUGGAUGACGGUAUUGAUUCUCCAGAUAAAGAUGACAUGGAUUUAGAUGAGAAAAGCAUGUGUAUUAAAGCUGGAGAGAUGGAUAUAGAUGAAGGUCAUCACCAGGGAAAGUUUCUUGAUGAAGUGGUAAAGAAUAUUGGGAAGGUUGUCCGUGAUCUAAGAGAUCUUGGCUUUACAUCGAUGACAGAAGAUGCUUAUGCUUCUGCCAUUUUCUUGCUUUUAAAGGCUAAAGUACAUAAUCUAGCCGGUGAUGAUUUCAGGAGUUCAAUAUUGGGGGCUGUUAAAGGCUGGAUUCAGGCUGUGCCUCUUCGAUUUUUCAAAGCCCUUCUCUCCUAUCUUGGCGAUUCUUAUGAUUAUGAUAGUCCAUCAUCUGGUCUCAAAUCACCCUUGGCUUCACGACCAUCUUCAUGCUAUCCUGGAAUUGAUGCUCCCUCAGAAGGAUUGGUUCGAUGGCAGUUACGACUGGAGUACUUUGCUUAUGAAACCUUACAAGAUUUAAGAAUUGCCAAACUGUUUGAGAUUAUAGUGGACUACCCGGAUAGCGCCCCUGCAAUUGAAGACUUGAAACAAUGUCUUGAGUACACAGGACAACAUUCUAAGCUGGUCAAGUCAUUUAUAUCUGCGCUACGAUAUCGACUACUCACUGCAGGCGCAUCAACCAAUGAUAUAUUGCAUCAGUACGUUUCAACUAUUAAAGCACUCCGAACUAUUGAUCCAGCAGGCAUUUUCCUUGAGGCAGUUGGUGAACCAAUAAGGGAGUAUUUAAGGGGCAGGAAAGAUACUGUCAAAUGCAUUGUUACAAUGCUUACGGAUGGGUCUGGUGGCAGUCCAGAUGGAACAGGAAAUGCUGGGGAUAGCCUUCUCGAAGAACUGAAUAGGGAUGAAGAAAGUCAAGAGAACAGUGUUUUUGAAGAUGGUUUCAAUUCUGAUGACAAACAGGCCUGGGAAAUUGCUGCAAGCUGGGAGCCUGAUCCAGCAGAGGCUGACCCCCUUAAGGGUAGCAGGAACCAGAGGAAGGUGGAUAUAUUAGGAAUGAUUGUUGGAAUUAUUGGUUCAAAAGAUCAACUGGUUAACGAAUACCGUGUCAUGCUGGCUGAAAAGCUGCUCAACAAGUCAGAUUAUGACAUUGACUCAGAGAUACGCACUUUAGAACUCCUCAAGAUACAUUUCGGUGAGAGUAGCAUGCUGAAGUGUGAAAUAAUGCUUAAUGAUCUAAUUGAUUCCAAGAGGACAAACAGCAAUAUAAAGGCAACAAUAAACCAGAAUUCUCAAACCAGUGCUGAUUUGGAAGACACUGGGCUUUCUUUGGAUAAUCUUGAUUCUACAAUCAUAUCUUCUAAUUUUUGGCCUCCCAUCCAGGAGGAGACCUUUAAUCUGCCAGAACCUGUUGAUCAGUUGCUUUCUGAUUAUGCAAGAAGAUACAAUGAAGUCAAGACCCCUCGUAAGCUUUUGUGGAAGAAAAAUAUCGGAACAGUCAAGUUGGAGCUGCAGUUUGAAGAUAGAGAGAUGCAGUUUACUGUGGCUCCUAUGCAUGCUGCAAUUAUUAUGCAAUUUCAAGAUCAGAAAAGUUGGACCUCGAAGAAUCUUGCAAUUGCAAUGGGUGUUCCUGUGGAUGUAAUCAAUCGGAGGACAAGUUUUUGGAUAAGCAAGGGAAUUCUUGCAGAAUCAGUUGGAUCAGACUCUGACGACCACAUAUUCUUGCUAAUGGAAAGCGGGGCUGAUGCUAGCAGAAAUGGUGGUAACACUGAGUGCUUUGAGGAGCCUUUAGCUGGUGAUGAGGAAGGAGAGAAUUCUGUGGCCUCUUCAGAGGAUCAGCUUCGCAAGGAAAUGACUGUUUAUGAGAAAUAUAUCGUGGGCAUGCUCACAAAUUUUGGCAGUAUGGCAUUGGAUCGAAUUCACAAUACACUCAAGAUGUUCUGUGUAGCUGAUCCUCCAUAUGAUAAGUCGCUUCAGCAACUACAAAGCUUCUUGUCCGGUCUUGUUGUUGAAGAGAAAUUAGAGCUUAGAGACGGGAUGUACUGUCUGAAGAAGUAAAGUACAACAGAAGCUAGAACUUCCAAGAAUCUCUUUCGUGAAGAAUCAAUUGACGGCAUAAAUGGUUGAAGAAAAUGAUGCGCGAAAUUCCUUGAAUCGGGAUGGGGGUUCGAAUUUUCACAUUUCCAGGCAGAUGAGAAAUGGAGCGGUGCACGGAGGCCUUUUAUGAGAUUGUCCCAGAGAUGCUGGACUACUCUUUUUGAAUUAUUGCUCCAAUUGGUGUACAGUCCUACUUCGGGUUGGCGACUUCAGCAAAAUGGAUAGUCGUGAUGAAGCGCGGCGCCACAGGAGAUCCCGAAUAUUUCUUCUCUCUGUGUAACUAUUUCUAUCCUUUUCACAUUGUUUUAUGACCACACGCUGCAGUAUGUAAGCUCUUUUAAUUAUGUAGAAAUACUAAAAGCUCAAUAUUUCCAUGCAUUCCUUUACUAGA